CCCUAGAACAAGAACCCAAAGUCCCAAACCCUUUUUCAGAAUCAGAAUUCAGAAAACCCAAUACAAAGAAAAUUCAGGAAAGUGAGAAAGGUAGAAAGCAUUACCUUUUGACUUUGAGUGACUGAGAAAUCAGAAAACCGUCUCAAACCCUCGUCGGUCGUCGCGUGCGUGCGCCGUGCAGUUGAGAGGCACCGAGGCAGAGAGCUUCGAUCAGACCGAGAGACGCCGUGCGGCCGUGAGACGUGAGUCGACGGUGACUGAGAAAGAGCAGAGAGAGGCAUUAAGCAUAUAAAUUUUUUUUAAAAAAUAAAAAUAAAAACCGGUGUGGCUAAAGCCACACAUAGCCUGUGAGUGGUGGUUCCAACACGGUCCUCAACCACAAAUCUAUUCUAAACCCUAACUCGUCAUGCAUCUUCUGUUUUGAUAAAAUCCUUUUUUUCUCUUUUUACAUUCGGAUUUAAUUUAUAAUGGGUUCUUGUACAUAAACCCAAACACACACACAACAAUCUUCAGCAAUGGCCGAGGAAGAUAGCUACAACCUCUCUUCUUCUUCCUCACAAGACGAAAUCUCCCUUUUCCUCCGUCAGAUUCUUCUCUGUUCAUCCUCUUCUUCCAACCCCAAUAUGCCUCCAUCCUCAAACUCACCCCUUCAUUCCACCGCCGGAGCCUUUCUCUCCGCUCCGCCUCACCCACUGCCUGCUGCAAAUGUGUCCUCCUCCUCUCUAGGUAUCAGUGAGAACGAGGCUGAUGAAUAUGACUGUGAAAGUGUGGAGUGCAUUGAAGCAUUGGGUGAAGAGGUUAGGACAAAGUCUGUUCCUUCUUCUUGGAGCUCAUCUAAAAGGACUAGAGCAGCAGAGGUUCUUAAUUUGUCUGAAAAGAGGAGAAGGAGCAGGAUCAACGAGAAAAUGAAGGCUUUGCAAAAUCUAAUUCCAAACUCUAACAAGACUGAUAAGGCUUUCAUGCUUGAUGAAGCUAUUGAUUACCUUAAACAGCUUCAGCUCCAAGUACAGCAAUCUCACACAUGGGUGUGUAAUUUUAGCCCCUUGAAAAUGAUCUGCAUCCAUGAAGCAAAUACAUAAUCACUUGGUUCCAAAACAAAGUGCUACAAUGCAAGGCAUAACUGAGGUAAAGAAGGCAAAAGCAAAGGCUGGAAAAAAAGGUCAUGUCUACUUUUCCAAAUCUCCUCAUUUCUUUAUUUAUUUUUCUGGACUAGUGCUAAUAAGUAUGCUUAAUUUAUGCCAGUUAUAGUUUGGGGAGAUGUAAAGGUAUCAUGCUGGCAGCUACACUAGUGCAGUCAAUAACAGUACAAUUGGUGGGCCAUCAACUAGGGACAUUGGAAAAACUGAUCCAUCAUCCUUGCCAGCUAACUUUCCUAUAAGUUCAAGGAGAUAAAGUUUGUGCUUGUUAAAAUCUCCUCUGGCUAGUUCCUCCUCCCCUACGCCACAUCGCCAGGAUGCUCAUGAGUUGCACUAGUUGCAUCAUCAACAGUAAAGGAUCAGAAAGCAUUAAUCUGAAUUUGUGCAUAUUGACAGAAGGUUCCUGUUUUGAAUUGUUAAACUAGAUGUCUGCUUGAA